AUGCACGUUCCUCUUGCAUCUCUCUCAUUUGCUUCCCUCGCCGCGGCUUCUCUACCAGAGGGCGUGAUCGAAAUCCCGCUCCAGCGCAUCAAAAACCAGAGCGCGUAUGGCGCCGAAUUCCUCGUCGGCAACCCGCCGCAAAAGGCCAUUAUUUCGGCCGACACGGGCAGUCCGACAUAUGCCUUUGAGUCACCCCGCAAUGUCGUAUGCCAGAAUGGCUUCUGCUCAAGCUACGGCACUUACGACAACACCACUUCCACCACAACAAAAUGGAUCAGCGAUGGCUAUAACGAUUUGCUCAUCGACCAUGGCUUUGGAAGCUACAUCAACGACACUCUUCAGGUCGGCGGCAUCACCGUCAAAGACAUGAUGUUUGGCGUCGUCGAGCUAAACGCUGCCUCUUUUCCCAUCAACACGCAACAGACUGCCAUUUUCGGCCUUGGAGCCUUCUGUCAGACCAAGGCCUGUGACACCUACCCGACUUUCAUCAACCAACUAUACGAGCACGGUGUCAUUUCCCGCCGUGCCUUUAGCGUAUAUCUAGGACCGAAUGAUGCCGACGCCAAAGCGUCGCUGCUCAUCGGUGGAAUUGAUCUGGCUAAACGCCAGGGUCCCGUUUACAAAUUGGAUGUCCUAGAUCCGACCACGAUCGCGGCGAAUGAGCAGCCAAACUGGAUCCCCCUUUCCAGCCUCGAAUUGCAGCUUGCAAAUGGAACCAAAGUCACCUCUACCUAUGACAAUGGCACAUACGCUCUCUGGGACACCGGCUCUCCCGGAUGGUACGUCCAGCAAGAUCUUUUUGACGCCCUCACCAGUUAUUGGGGGCUCGCAAACCCUGAUCCAAAUGACACCUUAUUUGUGGACUGCAAGUUCCGUGAGCCAUCUGAUGACUCCAUUGCUGUGAAUCUUGACAACGGUGAUGGCACUUGCACUGCACCUGUUGCGCCGUUUGGUACCUUAAUGGGUGAUACUUUUCUCCGCAAUGUCUACUUUACCUUCGAUUACGACAACCUGACGAUUGAGUUUUCUCUCGCAAAGUACACUGAUGAGACGAACAUUGUCAAGAUUGAGUAA